AUGUUAUCGCCGUUGGUGUCCCUCACCGCCGUCUUGAGCGUGUUGCCCGUGGCAUUCGCUGGCGCUCGAGAUGGAACCCGUCAGAAGAGGUCCGUAUUGAGGUCGGAUCUGACCCGCAGAGCUACCUCUCCAAAUUGUCCCAUCGCCAAGACACCACCCCGGCGUAGCGGUGUUCGCUGCGCGAUGCGAGGAACUGUCGCACAAGCAGCCAUCUACGCGUCGAGCGAACCAUUCACUUCGUGCUCUGGAGAUUACAAGGACUGCUACUACAAAUGCCUUGCGGACGAUUACUGUUUGUCAUUCUCGUUCAACGAUGUGACCAAGCAAUGUCAGGGCUACGACACCAAUGUGAACACCCUUGGAUAUCGUAGCUCUGCAACGUCUCCUACCACCCUCUGGGACUUCGACCAAUGCUUCGCUUCCGAGCAAUGUGAUGAAGACCCCUAUGGGACCGAGCCUGGAGCUUGCACGAUCGUUACCACAUCAAACGCCCCAACAAGCACCUCUACCGUGGCAAUUACAACGACCACCUUGGACAUCACCACCACCACUGGUCAAGACACUGUGACAACGACGGUAGCCAGCACCGGUGACGCGCCUUCGUCAAGCACAGACGGGACCACCUCCGACGCCAGCUCAUCAACCACAGACGCGAGCACAUCAGAAGUGGGCUCGUCGAGCACAACGUUGGAUGCCCCUGCAACGACCACGACUCCAGCCACAUGCAAGAUAAAUGAUGUCAGAUGCAACCAAUCCGAUGAGUGUUGCAGUGGGUUCUGUGAUCUUCCACUGUUGAAUAGACUUGGCAAGCGGAACCUUGGUACUUGCAGAGAUCCUCCAACAUCGACAACAACUACGGAACUCAUUACUACCAGUGAGGAGCCCAGCAGCACGACUGAUGCCAGUAGUACUACCGAUGUUGUGACCAGCACAACGUCUGACGCUCCCGUAUUUACUACCCCGGCUGUGUGUGCCAGCGAGGGAGGGGGUUGCUUCAUAUCCUCAGAUUGUUGCACCGGUAACUGUGUCCCUCCAAGCCUCAUUGAAAGGAAUGGAGACAUCCCUAUCAUCGACAUCCAGGGUACUUGCGGACCCGCGAUCACCACGACCACCAGUGAUGUGACCUCUUCCACGGACACACCGUCCAGCACAACACUGGAGACCACAGCAACUACUACAGCCCCCGCUGAAUGCACGCCCCAGGGAGAUACUUGCGUGCUUGACUCGGAAUGUUGUUCUGGAAACUGUGAGCCGUUCGAAAUUUCUGGUUUUGAUCCCAUAAGAAAGCGUGCCUCUCCUAAUAUUGGUCUUGGAAGUUGUGGCCCACCACUCACGACAACCACGACGGCCGAUGUGACGACCACAACGGCCCAUGUGACAAGCACCAGCGAUGCGGCCUCCAGCACAACCGACUCAAUAUCAUCUACUACGACUGCUGGUCCUAUACAAACCUGUGUGUCUGAUUCCACCAACCUUCUUGGACCAUACGAUCCACAAGGUCUCGAUUACACCGUUCUGGAUCAAACUCUAUACAAUGAUCAAGCCAACGUGUACAGUGCCAAUGGUGCUCUCACGGAACCUGUGACUGGGACUGGCAGCGGACUAAACAACAUGGCAUGGAUCAGUGCAAAUUGGCCAAACGGCAAUAAUGGUGUAGUCACUCUGCCUGACUCUGCUGGAACUCAAGUUGAUCUUGCUACCAAGUCUAUACUGGCAAGAGGUUGGUUUGUGGCUCCAAUUAUGGGAACAUACACUUUCACUCUGAACUCCGGUAGAAACGACAACUUCGCGCGACUGUGGCUCGGGGACAACGCUGUCGAACCAGAAGAGGAUAACGCCGAUGCUGCAGUUACUUUCGUUUUCAACAGCAACACCGCCGUCCAAGCAACGACCAAACUGCUUGCUGCAGGGGAGAUUUAUCGAUUUGCUUAUCUCUGGUCCAACGGUGGUACUCAAGCUCAGAGUUAUCUGCUCAUCAGGAACGCAGUCACAGGGGACGACAACUCAGUUGGCAACUUCAUCGCCGACUGUGUCUCACCUCCAGCAGUCACGACGACUACCACUGCAGAAGCCAGCUCGACCACGGACUCGGUCUCCUCCACAACCGAAGAGGUUACCUCCUCAACUACCGAUACUUCCUCUUCAACAACAGACGCCCCGUCCAGCACAACAGACUCUUCUACGAGCGACGUCCCCUCGUCUACGACAGACGCUGCAUCCAGCACAACAGACUCCUCUACGAGCGACGUCCCCUCGUCUACGACAGACGCUGCGUCCAGCACAACAGACUCCUCCACAAGCGAUAGCCCCUCGUCCACAACAGAGGGCCCGUCUAGCACGACAGAGGAUAGCUCCUCGUCCACGACGGACGCAUCCACCAGCGAUGGAUCUUCCUCCACAAGUGACAUUGCCUCGUCCACAACCGACGUAGAAUCCACCAGUCAAAAUCCAACAACUACCACCCAAGAAAUUACAACAACCCAGCCACCAACUACUACGACCGCUCAGUCCACGACGGCAACUACUACAACCACUGGACGACCAAACCCAGGACCAGGAGGCAACAGAGCACCAUACUGCAACUCUGAUCUCUCCGAGAACAACAAUGCUCCAGGUGCAGGCGGCUGCUCCAGCGGAUGCUAUUGCGACAACCAGUUCGGCACUGGCAAUCGUGUCUGCGACGCCAAUCCGCCAGCCGACGACCCUGACUUCACUUGCUCCACCGAUAGCUCAUGUGCAGCUGGGUCGUUCUGUGCCGCCGGCUUUUAUCAACGUUACUAUGGACAUCCGGUUUGCGUCAAAUACACCAGCUGCACAAGCACUUACACCUUCGGAGGUGGCCGUGGCAAUCCAUCACGCCGCAAGCGCGCAGAAGCACGGCAGCCACCACGCGCGGACAUGGUCUUCGCUGACUGGAACAUCCGUGUCGCCAACAUCACUGGCUUGGGCGAUUUGGAGUAA